UGGUUAGGAGCACAGUCCGCGAGGUCAGGUGUAGUCAGAGCUUGGUUUUCACUCGCAAGAGAAGGCGCUCAGUACCAAGUUGAGUAUGUACUACCAAGGAGCAAUGUGUCUGCAACUGCAAUGGAAGCGCCCAACCACGCGCUGUUUUCUCCACGAUCUAAGGUUACUCUUCAUUUCGAGGACGAGUGUUUUGUGGAACGUGUGCCAAUCUGGCACUACAUAUAGUAAAACGCUCGCAAUCUCGGGGGCCCGAGAUCCGAACUCAGAUCGUCUGAGCCCUUCGUGUCUUGCAACGUUGUUUGUGAACGGAAUUUCGUGCCGUUCCAAGUGCCACCGUGCGUCAUUCGCUUUCGAUAUCCAACACUGCUUCCUCCAUGCGCCGCCUCUUCCACUUUGACAGCACCAACAGAAAUCGUGUUGGUUGCGCCGCCAAUUAAGUUAGCUGAACGCUUUCACGACAAUGCGGCGACAUCCAUCGUAGGUUAGUGCUAGCCGAGCAGUGCUCGUUACUUCUUCGCCCUUUUGAGAAGUUUCCGUUUGUCUUCAAUGGCUUGCUUUAUUCGUAAUGGAAGUUCAUUUGAACUGUGA